GACACGCUUGCUGUCUGAUACUGUGUGACAUCCUCUCAAAUUGUGGCAUAAAUAUUAGCAAAGCUGGAGAAGGCAACAAUGGGACUGUGUAUGUGUUCCAGACUGGCUGGCUAGGUUAGCUAGCCAGGAGCCUGGGCAGUCAGCUGGCACACUGACUGGCAACACACAGGUUUAUAGCUACUGUACUGGUCCCCUGUGUUGUCUGUAGAUCUACUAAAUCCUCACGGCUUAACUGCCUUUUAUGAGCCAAAAAUAUUUUUAUUUACUUACUAAAGGAGCCAUACAUUCUGGUGUUAACUGAAUGAAACUGGGCUUGUGCUAGUUGUAGUUGUGUUUUUUUUAAUUUUUUUUAUUGCAAUUUGACAACAACCAGUGAGGAUUAAGUAGUGCUCCAUUUGCCUGCCAAAUCAUCAUCAUGAUUAUCUCUUUUUCAUUAUGAUUUUCAUUAACAUGAUGCAGACAGUUUUGUGCCACCUCCCCAGUGAAAUUAUAAGUUCCUUUCCUGAGAAGAAGCCAGUUGUGAAUGAAGUUGGAAGCGUGGUGAUCUUGUGCUAUUCCCGGCUUUCAAAGUAUGGUAUAGCUGUCACUGAGUUGUCUCCCACUGCUAGUAUCCGAUAAACUCAUUAGGACGUGCAUGCAUACAUCCAAAUUUAGAGUGUCAGUCGUCUUCACCCCGUGGUACGGAUGUGUGCGCUCUUUGCUCUCCAGCGUGUCUGCAAAUGGCACCUCUUAAUGCACCGACAGGGGAAAGUGUUUCCACCUGCAAAGGCAAGUGUUAAAGGUGAUAACAAAAGGUUGACGUCACCGGGCUCAUCUUGAUCCUGCCGCACAACCUCGACCGCUGAGGAGGUGGAGGAGUAGUUUUCAGAGCAGGCGGGCAGCUUUUUUUGCCAUAAUUGUUCGUGUCUGGAAGGUCUAUCUCUGAUCAAAUUUCGGGUAUCCUAAGGGCACACUUAACUAAUGGGAUCCUAUCGAUGUUUCUUCCCCCCCCUCCAAGCCUGAUCUUUACACGGCGGAAUGUUAAUGUUGCCACAGCCUGUCCGCGUCGUCUUUGGCUGCUCUGAGUCUGGCGUUAUUGUUGUAGUCGGUCUGUAAUGUCAUGGAGCUUGACGGAUGUGAUUAAAAACCCCACCGCGGACAAGCAACACAUCUGUGACUUGACUGGACCAUGGAAGUGAUCGGGUUUACUCUGCACAGUGUGAGGAGAAGUGUGUGUCCCAUGUUGCAUUAGUGUCUGUGUGAAAUGCUGGCCUGUCUGCCAGGGCCAGGUGACCUCCCCCUCCAGCUUCUCCCCCACACGCAGAUGAACACUGGACUUCAGAAAUGGGACACCACACAAAGGAUGAGAUCCGCUCCGUUUCCAACCCCUGCCGAAUUGGAUGCAUAUGCUAAGAAGGUUGCCAACAACCCACUCACCAUCAAGAUCUUCCCCAACAGCGUCAAGGUCCCCCAGCGAAACCACGUGCGCCGGACAGUCAACGGGCUGGAUACUUCAGGCCAGCGCUACAGCCCUUACCCUUCCUCUCAGGCUAGUGCCAAGACGGGCCUCCUCGCUAUCGUCAAGGUGCCCACAGUCAAAGGCAUCCUAAAAGAUUUUGACGGCACCCGAGCUCGCUUACACCCUGAAGUCAUCAUGAACCCUCCCUCCGGGCGCUACCAAGUGGCUUCGACCAGCACUUUAAACCACCACCCACCUCUGCCGAACCUUCCCCGCCUCCAGCAGAGCUUACCCCUUCAACCACAGGAACCGCCUCAGACUCUACAGAUGCCCCUCCCUCAGCAGCAGGGUCACACCCAGAGCCUCAGACACCCUCCCCCCAUGGCCCAUCCCCCUCAGGGCCCACCCAGACUCCAAACUCUGUCUCAACAUCCAGCCCUUGGCCACCCACAGGGCCCCCCUACCGUCAUGCUUCAACAGCAGCACCUUCAGCAGCAGCAGCCGCCACCUGGCUUGCAGGGGAGCAGAAAGCUGCCAGAUGGCGACGUACCGCCUAAUGUUACCGUCUCUACCUCAACCAUUCCACUCUCCAUGGCCGCAGCGCUGCACCAGGGCCGCCAGGCCGACCUGAGCACCAUUGUGCAUCAGAUCAACCAGUUCUGCCAAGCUCGGGCCCAAGGUGCAGGAGCCACCUCCAUGUGUGAGGGCCAGAUCGCCAACCCCAGCCCCAUCAGUCGCAACCUGCUUAUCAGCGCCUGCUCCAGGGUGUCCAUGCACAGCAACCCUGCCACCCCUGGCUUCCCCCCACACAACUGCAUUAUUGGUCCUCAAGAGAAAGCCACCGUCCCAGUGGGAGCUCACCCCCCAUCCAGCGUGGCUGCUAUGAACCACUUGCCUUCCAACCACACUGAUCUCAAGCAGCAGCACCACCUGCAGCAGCAUCUGCAUCCACAACAGAAUCUGCAGCACCAACAGCUACAACAACACACACAGCAGCAGAAAAUGCGCUCUUGGAAUCAACACCAGUUGGCUCAUGUACCCCACAUUCAGAAUGGUGCGACCCACCUCUGCAAGCAGCCUUCCAGGGACCCUGCCUUCCAUUUUAAGGGCAUGGGCUACCCUGCAGAGGUUUGUGUGGGUCAGCCUUACACACUGAAGCCUCCCGUAGAGAGGCCCACCCCCUCUCCCCCUGUCAACAACAGCUGCAUGCCCGGUCCCAUGGCCCACUACACUAAUGGUCACUACUUCCAGUCCCACAUUUGGAACAACAGCAUCUUACCCACACCCAACAGUGACAGCUCCGGGUCUCAGGACGUAGCCAUGCCAUUCCAUGGUGCAGGCCCAGGGGGGUGCACCACACUAGACUGCGGGCCUCCUGGGGCUCCCCAAUACAGGCUAGGAACGAGCUCCUCCAUCUCCUCCUCCGCCCAGACUAAUCUGAUGCAAACAGCAGAUUACUUGGGUGGGGACUUCCAGACGCCCUACUUCCGCGAUCAGAAUCUAGGGUUGAUGGGCAAGAUGCACAGGCCUCCUCUGAGCAGGGUAGGUCCAGAGGUUGAUGAUGGCAGAACCGCUCUCAUCCAGCUCCCAGGGUACAGAUAAGCUAUGGCCUUGUCUACACAACAGUUAUCAAAACCCAUUUGUUUAGUCUUAAGAAAGGAAACACAUGAAUAAAACUAAAUUGAUAACUUAAACAAGUGAUCUCUAAUGUUCAAGAGGGUAAAUUCAUAUAUUUAAUGAAGAACAGUAGGGUUUUUUUGUUCUUUUUAAAUAAAUCUUGCAAGUGAUCAAUUGCUGCUUUAAUUUUUGUUACAAGUGCUUUUACCUGGCACUAUAGGGAACUGUUUCAUGUGCAUGUGUAUACACAUACAUAACAUCUGUACUGUGUGUGUCAUUCCCUCCUUUUUCCUCUAUUGUCUGUGUGCCUGGGUCUUAACAGAUCCUGUGUUAUUUCUAUUUCAGAACUUUUUCGUUUUCUUAUGCAUGUAAGAAAGACGAAAAACAGAUCCCUCACUGAAAAACAGCAACAUCUACUAAUGGAUGUUUUUUACAGGGUCAUGUCUGUCAAUUUUCAGCUCUGACUAGUUUUAUUAGACAAGUGACUAAUUUUCAUUUUCGUGUUUACGUUCAAAUCUCAUAGUAACUUCAAGAUAAAACAUAAUCAUUUGAGGACAGAUCCUGUUUCAGUGCAAAGCCAUCAGACACUGGAGACUAUUAAAUACAGCUGGAAAAACAAACUUGCGGUAUGCACAUGUACACAGAAGUUUUAUUCUUUUGAAUUUAAAUGUAAUUAUUUAUUUGUAUAAUAGGACUAUUCAUGACUGAUUCAUCUCUGUCAGUUAAGGAAGCAUGUAAUCAGGUUGUUUGUACAUAGUAAAGAUCCAGCUGGGAGCAAAUAUGAUGAAAAGGUGAUGCUCUAUCCUGCUGAAAAUGCUGCAAUGAAUUCAGGUGUUUAAAAAAAACAACUUGUUGUCAAUGCCAGGAAGGUUUGGCAACAAGAUUGUGAAAAUGUUUAGUGCAGAAAAAGUCACAAAUUAAUCAUACCUUAAAAUGGCCAAAGUUGGGUUAACAAGGACACAGUUAUGAAGAUGUGCCAUUUUAUGUUUGUUUCCUCUUCAGAUCGUUUUUGUAACCAUGACAAAUGUAUUACUUGAAUGUUGAGAUUAUUUGUUUUGCAGGUAUUGAAGGGGAUGGGGUAGUUACGAGGUCAAAACUCUGGAGUAGAAGAAAUAAUAGUGUUAAUAAUGUCCUGUAGAAUUGUCCCACGAGCCUAACCAGAGUUUUGAUCCUGACAGCAGGAACUUAAGUGAAUUAAGUUAUGUGUAGUUGCUACUGAUUCUGAUGUGAAGUCUGCUUGAAAAGACCAAAUUGAUCACUUGCAAGAUCACUUUGAGGUAAACAAAACUGACUUUUAAGUGAAACAGCAAAUGCAUUGUUUAUUUUAUUGUACACUGGCUUACCUACUAGACUACUGUAACUUUAAAAUUGAAUGAUUGUGUGUGAAUGUUGCCUGCUGCUGUGGGUAGAGUGAAGGUGUGUGUGUGUGUGUGUGUGUGUGUGUGUGUGUGUGUGUGUGUGUGUGUAAACAGUGAUGCCCAUGUUAUUUUCACCUAACUCCCUAACAGCCCGUAAAAAGCCUUAAGUGUUUGGUCCUUGGAUUUCCCUUGAAAAUGAGCAUGGUUUUAAUGAAAACCCCAAAUAAUGAGAAAGAAGAUUAUAAGGAUACACAGAAACAGCAAUUUUGUCUUUUUUUUCUGGUCUUUUUAUUUUAAUAAAGUUUUGUUGAAUAGACAGAGCAUUUCCUUAGAGAUUCUUUAUUAUGGAAAGCAAGAAAAGGAGUAAUAUUUUGUAAUUAUAUAUUUUAGCAAUGUGUAGUUACUGAGCUGUAACAUUUUUUUUCCCCAAGUUUCAAAGUUUCAGUUUGCAGUUGUGACUAUUUAUAAUACUUGAUUUGCUUGUUAUUUAAAUUUUAUUUUCUUCUUUGUUUCUUGUACUAUUGCUGUGAAAUGGAAGAAGGUCCAUAAGCCUUUCUUUUGUGUCAUUCUGUACGACAGAUAAGAGGCAAGAGUGUGAGAGUUGUGCUACUCUUUUUGUAAUAUUGUAAUAAUAAAAUAAAGUUCUAAUUUAUGCUUUGAA